UCUAACAGCGCCGCGCUCGCCGGUGAGAGGAGCUCUCUCUAACAGCGCCGCGCUCGCUGGUGAGAGGAGCUCUCUCUAACAGCGCCGCGCUCGCUGGUGAGAGGAGCUCUCUCUAACAGCAUCCCUCUUGCUGCAUUGACCCCAAACCCUAUUGCAUUGCUAUUAUACUUUUCUGGUCACAACAAAUUAUUACUAUUAUUAUUAUUGCGUCAUUUAGCAGACGCUUUUAUCCAAAGCGACUCACAGAGACUAGGAGGGUGAACUCUGCAUCAUCAACAACUGCUGCUGCUGCUGCUGCAGAGUCACUUCCAAUAGGAGCUCGUUUGUUUGACGUCUCAUCCGAAGGACGGAGCACAAGGAGGUGAAGCGACUCGCUCAGGGUCACACACACACACGCACACACACACACACACAGGCAGUCAGUGGCUGAGCCGGGAUUUGAACCUCCUGCUAUCGAGACCCCUUUUCUUUCACCGCUGGACCCCCAAGCCUUCUUAUUUAAAUAUUCAGCAUUUUAUUCUAAAGUAAUUUCUAGGGUUAAUUUUGAAAGACAGAUAUUGCAGGAAAAAAAAAACUAAAGCUUUUUGUUUAACUAAAUUAGAGUUGUUAUCAUAAUAACGGUUAUUUUAUUUAUUUAUUAAUAACCGGUAGCGCGAUGCCAGUUGAAAAUGCUCCAGAAUUUUAGGAGGAUGUGAUCUCGACCGUGCUGGUAGCUGGUCGGGGAUGGAUUGCUCUCCCCUGGCCGGUCGGUUCACUCCCCCGUCUCCUCUCUAUCGGUUGCUCGGCGGUCGGCUGCUCUCGCCUCUUUGCGAAUGAAAGACAGACAGACUCCUCGAGCAGGGCGAGUGAUGCUGCCUCUGCGAAUCGAGAAUAAUUAAAUACAGCGCUUAAAAACAUUAUAUAUGAGUACAUGUACACUGUACUGCAAAGAUGGAAUCUCAGUGCGAAUAUUUCAUGUAUUUCCCGGCCGUGCCCAUUUCCGAGCUGUCAGACCCGGCGCGGUACCGGUCGUUACCCCGGCGGAGUCACCUGUACCUGGGGGAGACGGUGCGCUUCUUACUGGUGCUGCGGUGCCGGGACGGGGGCGGCUCCGGCGGGGCAGACUCGCAGAGCGGCCGGGCUUGGAGGGAGCUGGCCGGCUCUUUGUCCGCCGUGGCCAGCGUCAGCCCCGGCGGGAGCAGCCAGCAGCAGGGCGACGGAGACGAGACUGGGUUAGAGGCCGAGGAAGAGCAACCAGCGCCCGGCCGAGGAGACGGGAAGACCCGCGGCUUCCGGGAGUGCAAGCCGCUGCUGAUCCACAAUAACAGUGGGAGCAGCGGGAAGGAGUUCCGGAAAGCGCCGGUGCAGUCUCCUCUCGAUGAGCCGGUGGUCCUGAGCGAUGAGGUCAUCUUCCCCCUGACCGUCUCACUGGACAAGCUGCCCGUCGGCACCCUGAAGGUCAAGAUCAUAGUGACCGUGUGGAAGCACGAUGUGGAGAAGGCUGAGGUUCGAGAGCACGGCUACCUGACCAUCCUGCAGAACCGCAGCCCCGCCCACAUAUUCAGAGAGGACCUCAACACAUUCAAGGCUCAGGUCAGCACGACCCUGACCGUGCUCCCCCCACCCACCGUCAAGUGUCAGCAGCUCACCGUGUCGGGAAAAUACCUGACCGUGCUGAAAGUUUUAAACACCUCCUCUCAGGAAGAGAUCUCUAUCCGGGACGUUCGGAUUUUGCCAAAUUUCAACGCGUCCUACCUUCCCAUGAUGCCGGACGGGUCGGUGCUGCUCGUCGACAAUGUGUGCCACCAGUCGGGAGACGUCGCCAUGGCGUCCUUCUACAGGAUUGACAGCGUCUCCAGUCGCCUUCCCAGCAUGCUCAGCGCCCUGGAGGAGCACAACUUCCUGUUUCAGCUGCAGGUCAACGAGAGGCCGCAGGAAGACGCCAAAGAGGGGCUGGAGGUCCCCCUGGUUGCUGUGAUCCAGUGGUCGACCCCCAAGCUGCCCUUCACAAGCUGCAUCUACACACAUUACAGGCUGCCCAGUAUCGGGGUGUCCCGGCCCCGCUUCGUGAUGAUGGCGUCCUGCGAGUCUCCCGUGUCGGUUAGGCAGCGCUUCCUGGUCCGAUACACUCUGCUCAACAACCUGCAGGACUUUCUGGCAGUGAGGCUGGUGUGGACCCCCGAGAGCACCAUCGCGGGGAAGCUCCUGUCCCGGGAGGACUCCGCCCCCUCGGAGGCGGGGCUCAGCGCUGUGGUCUGCCACACCCCCCUCAGCAGCCUGGGGUCCUGCCGCAAGGGGAGCAGCCUGGCCUUCAGCGUGAGCUUCCAGAUACUGAGAGCCGGGCUCUACGAGCUCAGUCAGCACAUGAAGCUGAAGCUGCAGUUCACGGCCUCUGUGUCUAACCCUCCCCCCGAGGCGCGGCCCCUGUCCCGGAGGAGCAGCCCGGGCAGCCCUGCGGUGCGGGACCUGCUGGAGAGACGGGAGGCGAGCCUGGGCCGGUCACAGUCCUUCAGCCACCAGCAGCCCUCGCGCUCCCACCUCACCAGGACCGGCAGCGUGAUGGAGCGCAGAGCCAUCACCCCCCCAGUCUCCUCUCCCAUUGGCCGGCCGCUGUACCACCCCCAGGAGAAAGCCGUGCUGUCAUUGGACAAGAUCGCCAAACGCGAGUGCAAGGUGCUGGUGGUGGAGCCUGUCAAGUGACAAUACCUCCUCCCCAGCACAGACCUGUCAAGUGACAACACCUCCUCCCCAGCGCAGACCUGUCAAGAGACAACACCUCCUCCCCAGCGCAGACCUGUCAAGAGACAACACCUCCUCCCCAGCGCAGACCUGUCAAGAGACAACACCUCCUCCCCAGCGCAGACCUGUCAAGUGACACCUCCUCCUCCCCAGCGCAGACCUGUCAAGAGACAACACCUCCUCCCCAGCGCAGACCUGUCAAGUGACAAUACCUCCUCCCCAGCACAGACCUGUCAAGUAUUGUUGGGAGGGAGGAUGAACUGGAUAACAAAGCAUGACUUCGCAUCGCAUAAAAAACUUUCAACUGCUUUCCUGGAAACAAGGGGUGACUCAAAACUGGCUUCCCCUUUAAGAGUCUUGUAUGAAAUGCAGCUACAGUUCUUUUCACAUCCCCUUUAAAACUCAUUUUUAAAAGUCUUAAAAGGGAUUAUUUUUUACCCCCACACAAAAAAAGAAAAAACCCAACAGGGGGUCCGAAUUACUUGAAUUGAUCUUCUAACAUUAAUAGAGAUUGUGAGGGAGAGAGAGACUGUGCAUAGAGAUUGUAUGAAGCGCUGCUGAGGGAGGGACUGUGUAUAGAGAUUGUGAGGGAGAGAGAGAGACUGUGUAUAGAGAUUGUGAGGGAGAGAGAGAGACUGUGUAUAGAGAUUGUGAGGGAGAGAGAGACUGUAUAGAGAUUGUGAGGGAGGGAGAGACUGUGUAUAGAGAUUGUGAGGGAGAGAGAGACUGUGCAUAGAGAUUGUAUGAAGCGGUGCUGAGGGACAGACUGUGUUGUGGGUUGCGUGGAAGGAGUCUGUGUAUAGGGUGGGGGCGCAGCAGGGUGUACCCCCUUUAGUCACAACGAGAAGCUACUGCUGAAGAGGCACAGAGGGCUUCUUUCAAUGUUUGUUAGGGAGUUUGUUUUAACUGUCUAACACUGGAAAUGUGUUUUAUGUACUGUAUAAGAAAAUGCCACUGAUGGUCUCGCAGGAUGGGUUCCAGUAGAGAUUGCAUGUUGCCAAACCCAGUCCAGCAUGGGACAGGCUGGUACUGGGAACACUGGGAGAGUGGCUGAACAGGCAUCAGAGACAGUGCUCUAUUCUAGUCCCUUUGUAUUCUGUCCUUUCUGCCUCGUUGUGGUCUCGUCUCUUAUGCCAGGACGCCGUGGGCCGCGCUGUCCCUCGUCUCUAUGGCAGGACGCCGUGGGCCACGCUGUCCCUCGUCUCUAUGGCAGGACGCCGUGGGCCGCGCUGUCCCUCGUCUCUAUGGCAGGACGCCGUGGGUCGCGCUGUCCCUCGUCUCUAUGGCAGGACGCUGUGGCCGCACUGUCCCGGCACGGCGUCUUCGUUUCCGUGUUGUUGUUUAGGUUCGAGACUGGCCGUGUUUUAUAUGGAUUUUUUUUUAAUGUUAUGCGCUCCUGUGGGUUUUGCCUGCGGUGACGGCUGCUUUCUGCAUUGUGUUGUGUUGUGUUGUUGCCCCAGCCAGCCAGAUCACACGAACACAGGGAGACUGUCUUACUGUUUUUAAAAUGCGUGCCGUUGUGUUUUUAACAGUCAUCGUCUGUGUCUCAAGCACUUUAUUUAAAUUCUAAUUUAUUUAAAAACAAAAUGUUUUUAGAGCUGUUUUAUUGUGUUUAAAAUGCUGUUGCUGUUUUUUUUAAUCUUGUUGUAUGUUUUGUUUGUUUGUUGUUAAAGACACUGGAAAUAUUUCUCAAGGAGAUCUCCUGUCUGUGCUUGUUUAACCAGUGCUGAUUGGUUUAAUAAAUCUGAUUGGCUGACAGGUCCAUGCCUGACCAA